UUACGAGAGACGGUGAACAGUUUCUGUCAGAAGGAACUGGCGCCAUUUGCUGAUCAAAUCGAUAAAGAAAAUAACUUCGCAGAGUUGCGGGUGAGUGACUGUUCUGUCGUCAACAUCUGCAAUUGUUCAAUGUACUUGUACUUGUAGAUCUAUAAAGCUUAAUCUUUGCCGGCUUUGACCGAAUGUUGGCUAAAUAGAAAUUAAGUUUUUUCUCUCUUAAAACUUGUGUGUGGCGAUAUGCUAGCUCAAGAGCUUUGGGCAAUGGAACAGAAAUUCACAGUCUUUCAAUCUCACAAUCUGUUGCAUUGUUUGUACAUUUACAUGUACAGUAAAACCUCAGCAGAACAGAGACCUAAAGGACAGAUCCAAGUAUGUGCAGCACAGGAGUGUCAAUAUAAUAGAGAGAUCGCUUGCCUUUUAAUUGUAUUUCGUAAAGUAUUUUGGAACCAAGUGAAGUCUCAAUGAAAGGAGUUCUCUAUCUUGAUCACAUGGUGUGGGGGCUGGGUUGGAGGUGUGUCGCUGGGACAGACCUGGGGGAUACACGAAUCCUUUUGGCUUUGUGCUUUUAUCAGCAAUGUUCAAUAAUAGAUUAUUAUGUGCUUUUUAGUGCAUAUUUGGGUAAGAUGUCCACACAGCCCCAUUUUAUGCACAAAUGUUCAACUCUAUUCAUGUUCACUGUUUGUGUGAAAAUGCAUAAGAUUGCCACAUGCACAACAAAUGUAUGUGGCUGUGCGAAAAUCUUACCCAGAUUUGUGCUCAGAUAUUACUACUUGACAAAGUUUAUUGUUUCAGAUAUAUUUUAAUUUAAGAGUAAUGUACUGGUACUUUGUAAGUCUGGUCAACUCUAUGGUUUUUUAAGGAUGCCAGCCUAAAAUUUAAACCUAAAUGUGCGUGGCUACUUGCAUUGUUCAUUUAUGUAUACCUGUGGUUAUUUGUAGGACUUUUGGAAAAAACUUGGUCAAUUAGGACUUUUGGGAAUAACAGUACCAGGUCUGUAUUUAAAUUGAAGCAAUUUUUAAAUACAAAAAGAUUUCAUGUAACUGAAUGAGUGUACUGAUGUAAAGCAGUUUUCACUUUUUUAGUUAUUUCUGUUUUACCCAAAGUAUUUUUUCUGAUCUAAUGUGUUAAGUAAAAUUUCAUUUAUGGUUACAAUAUUAACCCAUUCGCCCCUGAACCGCCCGUAACCGCUCGUGCGGAUCCACGUCUUUCCUACCCUUUCUGCCAUUAUCAGCUUUAACGGUCAAAGACAACUUUGUCCGCUAACUUGUGCAGACUGAAGAGAUCUUUCAAACCAUACCCGAAUGAGCACAAUUCAGUCAAGGACACCGGAGAAAGAAGCAAAAAACCAUGUGACAUUGACCUGAAAAUCUCCAUGAAAAUCUUGUUGCAUUGCUCACCUACCUUUCCUUUCACCUAAUCCUAAGAUCCUAAAAGCUUUCCUAAAAACUCUUCCCACCAAAACGAAGCCUACUAAAUGCCCAGCAAGAGAAAAAAAAAUGAGGCAAGAAAAGCGAAAAAAGAGGGGAGAAGAGAAAGCGAAAAGUAAAAGUCGAAAUUUUGCUUUCUGCGCAUGCUCGAGCCUCGCAAGCUGAUAUUUUGCAUCUGGAUCAGAAGGCCGCGAAGUGUACGACCUGUAAACAGGUUUGUGCUAAGUUUUAGCUCUUUAUAGCUCUUUAUACUUGUAAACAUGUAGUCUGAAAUGAUAGUUAUUUUGUGCACUCAUUUCAGGCUAGUAAGCACACCUUUUGUAAAAUUUAUAUUUAUUAUUGACUGCUGCUUUGGAAGUACUUGUAUACAAGGUAACCUUUUUUUGCAUUAGUAAGACUUUACAAUAAUUUUAUUUUGCACCAGAAUGGAAUAUUCAGCGACAAUGAUGUAAAAACGUGGCCUAGAUUGAACACUGCUCUAUUAUUAACCUGACACCAGCAUCAGAAAGAGUAUCUACGUAAGAUUUUUAAUUAAGAGAGGCCCAUUCUUUGUAUGUUACCUUGAUUCCGAUUUUACUUUACAAAAAUUACAUAUUGUGUUGUCCCUAUUCAAUCCCCCAAAUCAAGGGAAUUUAGUGUAUCACGAAUAUUUUACUGUUUCCAGUCCCUGGCCAAUUUCCCUUGGCAUUAUGCAGUAAAUUAUGGGCUUUAGGGUGUUACUAGAUGUAGUAUCGAUGAUGUAAUUGUGUACGGUCGAAAUGAGUUAUGGGUUAUUAAAAAGCACAUGGUCAAGUGUCGAGUUGAAUCUGUUGUUGUGUGCAUUUAUUUUGGUUAAAUCCGGAUGUUUCACUGACCGUGAAACAGUACAAUUGGCGACGAGGAUAAAGUGAUACGAAGAUACGUCUGUUUGAAGGAAAGUUAUGGCGACAAAUGACGAACUUCGCGGAAUUAAGCCAUUUGAUUGUCGAGGAGAUAGCACGAGUGUGGGGCCAAGAUGGCGGCGAUGGCGAAAGUCAUUUCAAUUUACGUCGAUGGUCGUGGAAUCACAGCAGCCGCUCGAAAAAAGGCGUUACUUUUACAUUGCGCAGGGAUGGAAGUCCAAGAAAUCUUUGAAACCCUAACGGAUCCGGGUGCACCUGCAGGGGAAGACGACGAUGCAUACAAGGCUGCACUUCGAACACUCGAUGCAUACUUUACACCACAAGUGAAUGUACCAUACGAGCGACACAUUUUUCGCCAAAUGAAGCAAGAAGAGCAUGAAACGGUCGAUCAAUUUGUUGUAAGGCUCAGUACUCAAGCUGUGAAUUGUGAAUUUGGUGCUACGAAGAAUGAGCAAAUACGUGAUCAAAUCAUUGAUAAGUGCAAGUCCACAGAGCUUCGGCGAAAACUUCUGGGAAAGGGACAAGAGCUAACAUUGGCAGACACGCAGAAGAUUGCUCGAUCGUUGGAGUUAUCUCAAACCCAAGCCAAACAGAUCGAAGGUGAUGUGGGAGCGUCUGUUAAUGCCAUCAAGGAAGACAACAAACCUGGAGGAAAUGGGAAAAGUGAUCAGAAGAGUCUGAAAUGUUACCGAUGUGGACAAAGUGGCCAUUUCGCACGUGACAAGUAUUGUCCGGCAAGAUCUAAAACCUGUACAAAGUGUCACAUGGCAGGACAUUUUGCUUCAGUCAGCAGGACAAAGAGUAAACAAGAGAAGAAGAAAAAGGACACACGGAAACAAGGUGGACGAGGAAAAGUCAACUGCGUGGAGGAUGGUGAAGAUGAUGAAUAUGCUUUUACUGUGGGACUCGGUAAAACAUGGGACAGGAGUGGAUCAGAGAUAGUCGAUUUACAAGUUGGAGGUGUCAUUCUUAAUGGAGUUCUCAUCGACUCAGGAUCAUCAUGUAAUAUCAUUGAUCAGAAGACGUGGGAAGAAUUGAAGCAAAAAGGAGUAAAGUGCAAGUCAGAAAAGACAAAUCAGAAAUUGUAUCCUUAUGGAACUUCAGAACCACUGGACACACUGGGAAAGUUCGAAGCAUCAGUAAACCUAGCUGGAAAAGAUGUCACAGCUGAAUUUAUUGUCAUCUGCAAUGAAGGCAGGCCAAUAAUGGGCAGGAAGACAGCCAUGGAAUUAGAUGCACUAAGACUGGGACCACAAGUUAAUGUUGUAAGUACACCAGACCUUGUUGAUAAAUAGAAAGCAUGUUUUGAAGGAGUGGGCAAGUUGACUGAUUAUCAAGUUAAGAUCCAUGUGAAUAAAGAAGUCAAUCCAGUUGUUCAGCAUCCCAGGCGAGUGCCAUUCAGUCUGAGAGAGAAAGUAGAGAGCAAGUUGCAUGAGUUAGAGCAGCUGGACAUUAUUGAGAAAGUGAAAGGACCAACACCGUGGGUCAGCCCAAUAAUAGUAGUUCCCAAACCUUCUGGUGAGAUUCGAUUGUGCGUUGAUAUGCGCAGAGCGAAUGAAGCUAUUGUGAGAGAAAGACACCCAAUUCCCACUGUUGAUGAGGUCCUCCAGGACAUAGCCUGCAUGACAGGCGCUUUAUGAGCCAAGCGGGGCGAACGCGAUAUUUCGCGCGGAGCGCGAGACGAGGGGAAGAGAAAAAUAAAGCGCCUGUCCGCAGUCCAUUGUUCUUGCUGUUCCGCCUACUUACGCCCACAAAUAUUAACUACCCGCGGUGAUGUCAAAAGAACCAAUCAAAACACGAUCCAUUAUCGCGCGAAAAUUGUCACAUUUCAAGCGUGAAGCGUCCGCAUUGCAGUAGAAAUGAGGAGUUACGACUGUUUCCAUGGCUUCGCGAUCUCCUACCAAAGUUUACGGGUCUAAAUCAUUUAAUUCUUCAUGUAGGACUGUGUUAAACAGCAAUAAUUGAUUUAGUUGUCACAUCUAACUAAAACACCAAACCGAAUUUGAUAUGAAAAUGUCAUUCUUUUAGUUACAUAAACUGGAAACACUUACAAUGCGUAAUGUGGUAUUUCUGACAGUGUAAAUCUACAUACAAUUCCAAUUUCGUUACAUCAAUCAUUCACAAAAAACUGUACAAAAGUCAAAAAUAAGCCACGAAAUCACAAAUCACGCCGUCGCUAUCGGUUCAAGGUUACAAAGGUUGAAAAACAGCGAGUCACGAAAACAAAAAAAACAUUCACUGAAACUUUUGAUCGCAUAAAGUUCAAACAAAAUCCCGAUAAAAUAGUCCCUAAUAUUUCCUAAGAUUCUGAGGGAAUGUUCCUGAAUUACUUGCCAAUAAAAUCCUCUUGCAAAGUCCUUGAUCCACGAAAACAAAUUCCUCACAAGAGGCCUUUAAGGUGUUCACACAAAGUUCCCACGAACAGUCCUGCUUUGUUCCAUAAGUAGAUUCCAUCCAGCGGGCCUUUGAUGACAAAACUUGAAACAAAAUCCGCAAUAAAAGUUCCUGAUUCGUACUUAACAGAAUCCAGUAAUCUUGUGAAAGUCAAAUCCAAAAGUCAAAUCCCGUGAAUAAAGGCAAUCCGUAAAAAAUCCAUUCCGUGACAAUCACCGUAAUUGAAUUAGUAGUCCGCACGUAAACAUGUUUUUCAAAAUCCAAAAGUUUCCAGAAAAUUCUUCCUCAGCCACAUUUCUGCACUACCAAACACCAACUUGUAUUCGCCCUUUAGUAUAUUUUCAUCCGUUUCACGGCUAUCGCCAACAGCUACAGCUGAUAUGCCUAUGUCGGCAAGUUCCUGAACCUGCUCUUCUGUUAAAGCAUUCAACGAGCUAACAACGAUAACGUGACAAUUUUUCCUGGCGUUCACCAACUCGAAGAUUCGCGGAUAUAGUUGGAAAAUUAAGCUUUUACCAAAUCCUGCUGGUAACAAAUGCGAUACAUUUCUUCUGUUCAUCCUUUAAACAAUCGAUUUUGGGAAAACUUUCGAGAGCACUUUCUAUCGCUUCUUCCAAACUCAACGCCCCAAUUUUUGUUUACUCACCUUGAUCACGUACGUCAUCAUCACGUGGUACUAAUUGACCAAUCAGCAUGACCGUCUACCUGUUGAAAGAAGAUAUUCUCAAACAGAAAGAGAAGCUCUGGCUCUAGUCUGGGCUUGCGAAAGGUUCCAUGUUUAUCUAUAUGGAAAACAUUUCGAAUUGGAAACUGAUCACAAACCACUUGAAGUGAUCUAUUCAAGUAAAUCUCAGCCCUCUGCGAGAAUCCAAAGAUGGGUCUUACGACUUCAGCCAUAUGAGUUUACAGUGAUGUAUCGUCCAGGCCCACAGAACAUAGCUGAUGCUUUAUCUCGCCUAACCCAAGAAAUUUCAAACGAAAGCAAAAAUUUGGCGGAAGAAUACAUUCGGUACGUUGCAGAGAAUGCAGCCCCCAGAGCCAUACCUAUCCAGGAAAUUGAAGAAGCAUCUGCUGAGGAUGAAGAAAUUGCAAUGUUAAGGAAGUGUGUUCAGACCAAUGAUUGGGCUGUCGGCGAGCCAGCUUUUAAAGCUGUGAGAAACGAGUUAACUGUGCUAGGAAAGUUAGUGUUGAGAGGAACUAGAUUAGUCAUUCCGAUGAAACUUCGCAAGCAAGUACUGGAUCUGGCACACGAGGGCCAUCAAGGGAUCGUUAAGACUAACCAAAGACUCCGUACCAAAGUAUGGUGGCCCGGUAUAGACCGUCAAGCAGAACAAAGGUACAGAACAUGUCAUGGUUGCCAGCUUGUCGGGAAACCUUUGCCCCCAGAACCAAUGAAGAGACACAGAGUUGCCUACACAGCCAUGGCAAGACCUUGCGGUAGAUCUGCUAGGACCCCUUCCGACGGGUGAAUAUCUACUCGUGGUUGUUGAUUAUUUUAGUCGAUUCUUUGAAGUAGCUGUAACCAAAUCAGUGACAUCUGGCAAAAUGAUUAGCUGUCUGGAAGCAUUGUUUGCUACUCAUGGACUACCGCUGUCAAUAAAAACAGAAUGGUCCACAGUUUGUGUCACAAGAGUUUGAAGUCUACCUCAAAGACAACAACAUUGAACACAGAACGUCAACUCCAAUGUGGCCACAAGCCAACGGCGAGGUGGAGAGACAAAAUAGAAGUCUGCUGAAAGCGAUGCGGGUUGCGCACAGCGAGGGACGUGACUGGCGAAAGGAAUUGCAGAAAUUCUUGCUCGGUUACAGAAGCACGCCACACACAAUUACUGGAGAGAGUCCUGCUUAACUGUUAUUUGGAAGAGAUAUUCGUUCAAAGCUCCCAGGUGUGGAAGAGUUGCGCUCAGCUAGUAAUGACAGUGAAGUCUUGGACAGAGAUCGUGAAAGAAAGCAAAAAGGCAAAGACUAUGCUGAUAAUCUGAGAGGUGCUUGUGAGUCUAACCUGAGAGAGGGAGACAAAGUUCUUCUUCAGAAACCGAAGUCAGACAAGCUGUCACCAUCAUUUGAAGCCACACCCUGUGAAGUGGUCAACAAACAUGGAGGUCAUGUGGAAAUUAAGUCCCCUGCUGGCAUUCACUACAAAAGAAAUGUUACCCAUCUACAGAAGUAUUUGGAGGACAAAUCACAGGAAACAGAAACCAGCAAUCCUAAAGGGACUUUGUCAAAAGACCCAGAAACUAAUCAGGAAGAGGAACCAAGAGUUUCAACUCAGCGUUAUGCGUUGCAGCCUAGGCACAAUCGUCAACCUGAGAGACUAAAAGAUUAUGAACUUGGUUAAGACUUUGUUUACACAAUGGACAGUUCUUGCGAAGGACAUUUCACCUUUAUGAAAAUGUCAUUUUGUAUUGAUUUAAGUCUUGGACAUUGGAUCAUUUUUCCUUGAGUUAGUAGCCAUUGAGAGACUGUUAUAGUUUGUAUUGUUAUUUUGUUUAAGAAACCGGACUGAACAAUUUAUUCGAAAAAGGGAGAGAUUGUAGUAUCGAUGAUGUAAUUGUGUACGGUCGAAAUGAGUUAUGGGUUAUUAAAAAGCACAUGGUCAAGUGUCGAGUUGAAUCUGUUGUUGUGUGCAUUUAUUUUGGUUAAAUCCGGAUGUUUCACUGACCGUGAAACACUACACUAGAGUAGACCCAAUUAUUCUGUUUUAAUACAGUGGCUGUUCUUUUCAUGAUGCUCUAACAGCGAAAUAUGACGGCACUGGCCUUGGAUACAUGGACCACUGUAUUGUUGUGGAAGAAAUGAGCAGAUUCUCAGGAGCUAUUGCUUUGAGUUAUGGUGCACAUUCAAAUUUGUGUGUCAAUCAAAUUGCCAGAAAUGGCACUGAAGCUCAAAAAGAGAAAUAUCUUCCAAAGGUUAAUACAUAACUACUGUAAAUAAAUGAAUGUAAUGUCAACUUCCAUUUUAAGUAUCCAGACAAAUGGCUGGUUACAUCAAAAUGUAGAUCAGACAAAACUAAGCAGCCCGUGCCAGUCAAGAUGAUUCACAGUAGUAGGCAGGAUAACUAGAGAGACUGGCUACAAAGGUCUAAAUUUGUGUGGACUUUAUUUAAUGUUAUUAAAACCUAGUGUUGAGUAGGCAGCAAAAAAAUGAUUUCACUGGAAUAUCAAGGGGCAAAACUGCCAGCUGCUGGCUCAUUUUGAGAGGCUGCAAAAGUAAGGACUGCCAGAUGCAUUUUAAUCUAUUUCAAGGGACACUGCCUAGCAAUAAUUUGCCUGACUUAUGUGAUUCUCAUUGUGUGAUUCAUGACCUGAUCUCACUUCUCCUUGGAUGUUUAUAAGUGUCAAGCCAGUUUUUUUUGUUUUGUUUUGUUUUUUUCACACUUUUUUGGGGCAAGAAUGCAAUCAUGAUAGAAUUUACAAGAAGACAUAUAAUUAAAGAAAUAAAAGUAAUCAAUUAUAGUUACAAGAAUAAUUAAAAACAAUUGCUGAUCCCCAAAACAAUGAGAAAAAAACAAUAACAGCAGCACACCCAUGCCAAUACUCCAAGCUGCAACUAUCUCUGUCAAGCUAGAGAGGUGCCCGCUUUAAAAGAGCAGGGAAAAAAACAGUGUGCAUAUGUACAUGCACGUGCUGCUAAGAACAUAAGUAAGUGUCUACUUAGAAGGGGGACUGUCUGCCACCAAAAGGUUCCUGUUAUUAGCAGAACUUUGACUGUACUAAUGUUUUUCAAAAAAGGGCUCUUGGAAAAAUAUCUUCUUGUUGCUCCCUUAACUUGUAAAUGUAUUUUCUUAUAUCUGUAUGCACAUUUUCUUGCAUAUAUGGUAUGGUAGGCAUAGAGAUAAAACAAUAACACUGUAAAAAAAGUGUAUAUUUGCUUUUCAGCUCAUAUCUGGUGUAGUCAGGUGGCUAAAGGCUCAGAUCUAUACAGAGUAGACAAAAGCACCAACCUUUGCAUGGUUGUAGCUUAGGGUAUUUCAGUCAAUAUUAGGAUCGGUGCCCACAGCUACCUCUUCAGGAUUUGCAGCAACUGCUCGCUGAAGUUCUUCAACAACCUUCCAUGAUGGGUGCCCUGUGCCGAAAAUUGCGAUCACUUGUUUUUUGCCAUUUUUUGAUGUAAAUCACAUAAAAGGGAAGUAGAUGGAAAAAGAAACUGUAUUAAUUCUAUUAUUAUUAAAACCAAUGACUAAAACAAGUUAAGUUAAUGAUAUAGCAAUUAUGAUAUACCAUGGUGGGUAUCCUGUGCUAAAAAUAUCAAUUCCUUGAUGUUUGCCAUUAUUUUGAUGAAAAUCACAUGAAAGACAAGAAAAUAAAAAAAGAAAUUGUAUUAUUAUUGAAACCAAUGACAAAAACAAGUCAACUAAAUGGAAAAUCCAAGGAAGAUGUUUUCAGACGUGUACUCAGUCCCAAUUAGCCUUUCAAGAUGGCGGCUUGAAGGUGUCUUUUCAUGGACUGUAAGUAUCUCCUAGAAUAAAUUGCCGUUUUUUAGUGGAAAUUGUGCAAAAUUUGAAUCACGACAGGUUUAAGUGAAGUUUUCAGCUCUUCUUGGUGAUAAAUUUGUUAUCGAAAGCUACAUUUUCGCUUCAUAUUUUGUGCCGAUCAUGAAUGACUAUACUGAGUUUAUUAACUUACUGGUUAGUUAAAGGUUUCUGAAGCUGAGAUGUUUUCUACACACCAGGAUGGAUAUUAACUAGGAUCGUUGUUAUAUUUGCCAAGAAUCAACAAAAGAAGAUUUGAGAAGCCCACUGGUUUAACGGUACAAGCAUUAAUUUAUAGAACGCUCCUUGAAAAGGUACUAAAAAGGCUGAAGUGCGAAAUAGGCAUACAUGUCAGAGGAACGCAGGAAGAAAAGUGGAGCAGCUUGGAAGGUCGAGGAAGACGAGAAAUUAAAUAAAUCAAGAGCAUUUGUUAAACUCACUGAGUACAGAGCAAAUGCAGUGGACAAUGAUACACAUUUCUUUAUACUUGCCAAACUUCAUAUUAUAGUCAGGUCUCUUAAGGUCAGGAUCGUUACAGAGUUGACAAAGCACCAAACUUUGCGCAGCGAUAGCUUAUUGCAGUACCAUGAAUAUUAGAGGGGGUGCCCAAUGCAAAUAUGCCACUGAAGCGUGCUAAACAGGAUUUAAUUAUUGUAAAUUUCACCUGCUGGGGUCCCUGUGCUGUUUGGAUUGAAAGUUGUUAUUUAAUACCUUAAAUCACUCAGAAUGCUCUUCUCAUGUUGUAAACAACAAUUUCACUUGAACAUAUGGCAUUCCAAACCAUUAUUAGCUUAUUGAUUGUAUAAUUAAGUUGAUUAUUACUGUGCCCUUAAAGCAAGUCCACAGUCCGCCCACAUUGUCAUAAGUCACUUCUGAGAUGGUCUCGUCUUUGCUUCAUAACUUGCAAGUACUCAGCUUCUGGGGUUCUCUUUUCCUUUCUUAAUGUAUUUCAAUUAGAGGAGGCCUUAUUGUGUGGCUUAAGCCUUAUUUAUCAAGUAUGUAUUACUUGUCAUUACAUAUCACUUUAAGCUAAAAAAAGCGUAAUAUGGCAUAGCAAUUCACACACAAAAUUUCAGAAAAAAGAAAUUGUCAAAGAGUCUGUUGUAUCACAUAUUAUCAGGGAUUCAUGACAGCUGUUCAUGAAGAGCAAAUAACGAAAUGACAGAACCCAAAAUAGUUCUUUCCUAAGGAAGUAAUUAAUUUUUCAGCUUAACAAAGGCCUGGGUGCCUUUCAGUCUCCCUUUAUCUGCUGGACGCACGUGCAUGUUUUGACAGAGAAGCAAGCAUCGUAGCACAAGUCAUAUCAUUUACAAUUCCCGCAGUUUGUCUAAGCUUUACAAAGCAAAAACAAACAAAAAAGAAUCUGGUCUCAUAAACGAAAAAAAGAAACAAGUUAGCCCAAGCUUCAAAAAACAGCACAGUUUAUCAUGAAACCUCUACAUUUGGCACUGAAGUACUCAUGUCCAAAAACAAUAACAGCUUAUAAAGUCGUAAAAGUGAGGCUCAAGUGGUACAAGAUUGACUCAAUGAUAAAUGGUGAAUGGUUUAACUGCUGGAACUGUAGAAAGGGGGCCCGGCUAACUUUUAGGGCGUGUUUACAUGGAGGAGGGGGACCCCAGGUAGGCAUGGUAACCCACUUAGGUGGGGUAACCCGCCUGUCCAGAUAAUCUCUCAUUUUAACUUGAUCACGUUUACAUGAUGGGUAGGGUGAUUCUUCAAGGUGGGUAGCCCGGUCUGCCACAUUGGGUAACCUCAGCUGAGGUCAAAUUUUGCCAUGUCAGCGUUUCAAGGUGAGGUAACCCAGGCUAGUCGGGGUCGGAUUCGUGAUACAUCAAAUUCGCGCACGAUUCACUUUGGCGCCGGGUGGCUUCACAUAAUCAUUAAAGGUAACAAUAGAAAGCCACAACACUGAAGGUUGCAGCAAGAGUAGCAAGUGAGCGUAGACGUGGUUUGCCAGCAUUUUUAUUGUUUACGUGCUUACCGACCAUUCAAUAAUCUUGAGAAAGUGCACCCCAGGAUGGCGGGGUUGUAAGAUUGCAUGUAAAGGAGGGUUAUUUUUUUACCCCACCUAAGCAGGUUACCUCACCUACCUGGGGUCCCCCACCUUUAUGUUAACAGGCUUUAAGUCUCAGGACCCGUGAAACUGGUAGUAAACGGUAUACCUAGCCCGGGACUAGCUGUGAUACUACUUCCAUCUUCAAAAACGUCGGCAUAGCCGCCAAAGGAGCCAUUACAUCGGUGUAACACGAAUAUUAGAUUGCGGUUGUUUCAUGCGUCUCGUUUUGUGACUUUUUUUGUGUUCGUUUUUGUCACCGUCUCUAAAUUUUAACCAUGUUCAAACACUCCUACUAACAAAAUAUUUCGUAAACCUCUUUAGGAUGAUAUUCAGCAAUAAAAUAAGGUGUGACCAGGAGCCGAUUUCUAGGCUCCUGGUGUGGCGACAUAGGCAUAAGUAAAUGCAUAGUUUUGCGGUAUGUAAUCUGUCAGAAAUCUGUUUGGGUGGUCAAAGUUGGGGCUGUUGGGCUUCUUUAUCAUGACCACUCCAUUAUUAUAAGGGACCAGGCCAUAGAUAUAUUGUUGACCCUUGCUUGUUUUGUUAUUUUCUGUAAUUUUCCACACCAUUAUUUUGUGAAAAGUUAGUAACUGAAUUGCUCUUGAGGAAUUCAUGAUUGUAAGAUUUCGUAACCACGGGGUAUUCGCCUAAUUGCAUCAAACAAAUUACAUUCAUUUUCAUAAGUGAUGCAUCAUUGGUUGGCUAAAAGAGGCCUUGUUCCUGUAACUUUAAGCUCUUCUGAAGUUAGUUUGUUUGUAAAUUGUAACGCAAGCGACAACUUUUUUUGAAAGAUCGUAUAGACCUACCAUUAACACUCUGGUGCGAGGGCUCUGAAGUGAAUGAGCUCCUUACAGGUGUCUAGGUAUGUAGGGACUUCAUACACUUCUUUUUAAAUGUAAAUGUGUAAAAAAUACAGAGUGUUAAAAAUUCCUGGAAAGCCAUGUUUUACAACCUCGUCCCCAGGGCUUAAUAAAAAGGCAGAAAAAGGUAAAGCGACCAUACUUUACGUCAAUAACUCGUGACAGUAAUAAUAACUGAUAAACUUGAGGUCGAUGGUGCGCUCCUUUUACCCCCCUCUCUCCAUUAAUGCUCCGUUUUAAGGGUAUUUAAAGCUAGUCAAAGCUAUACAGAAAGGAGAGAACACACUGGAGAGAAGUUGAAAUAAGGAUGUCAGUUGACACCGGGGAUCGAACUCGGGACCUCGCGUACCGAAGGCUGCACACUAACCAACUGUGCCACCCUUGCUCCUCCUUUUCCCCCUGAGGACGAGGUUGACAUGUUGUAAUCAUUAUCGCAACGACAGGGUUACCAACGAAGCAAAUUAUAAUCUAAUCUUAGCUGCACAAUUACAAAAUGGGCGCGUUGUCAGUUACGGUUCAUGAGGUCGUUCAUGUGGCAUGUCAAAAUUUAACGAUUCUAUCGUUUAGGAUGUGAUGCAUUUAGGUUUUUUGUUAUUGUAUGACAUCUUUGAAAGCUGGCUUUGUGAUCCGUUUAAAUUGAUAUGUAAUGAUAUUAUAACUGGCAAGUCUUAGCAGAGACACCGAUAGCCGCACAGUGAACAUGGCCACACUUAACGUGUGGAGACUGGGCACGAGUCAGUAUUAUAUACAUGUAAAACUAUUUUGAAUAAUGUAACAACAACUAAACAUUACCAAAUUAAAAACUUAAAAAUUUGAAACAAAUGUUUUUUAGCCAAAUCAAACAAGAAGAGUACUCACCACAGGGGACCCAAUCUGUUAUUAUAGGUGAUAGCUAACCCCCCCCCUUUUAUCUGUAAUUAGGACCAUUUGUAACGGGCACCCCCUCCAGUAUUAAUCGGCAGGUGCUAAGGAAGCUCUGUGCCAAAUUUGACACUUUUGUCAUCCGGCCUAUAUUUUGCACUAAGAGACCUGACUAUUAAGCUGUAUUCGUUACAAACAGAGGCACACACUUUGCAGUCCCGCUAUAGUGUCAGUCUUACAAGCUCGUUUGGUGCCACAAUCUCCAACUGGCUGUUUCUGAUCUGCUUCAACAUGCUUUUUUCUCUUUUCUAGUUUGCUUUUUCUAACUUGAACGUAAGGUAACAGGAUUGAUGCCACUUUGCACUUCAGUAACGUGUUUCCUACUGUAGUGAUUUUAAUAUGAAACUUAAUUGCAACAAGACGGCACAGUCCUCUUUCUUGAAUUCUAGUAAAUUGUCAAGAAGCGUUCUAUAAAUAAUUGUUCCGUUAAUUGAUGGGUUUCUCAGAUCCUCUCUUUUCGAUUCUCACCUUAGGUAAAUAUGACAACCAUCCCAACUGAUUUCCAUCUUGGCGUGUAGAAACGAGUUUAAACUCAAUCAUGAUAAGACUGAAAUCAUGCUUAUCUUCUCGAUGUACCGUACUCGUCCACCCUUUAGCGACGUCAUUAUGGGUAAUGCAAGGCUAAGAACCACCACCAACAAAGCCUGGGAGUAGUAUUUGAUGACAACUUACUGUUUGACGCACACGUCUCAGCAUUCUUUUGCAGAUUAUCGUUUCACCAACUCAGGAAUUUAUCAAAGAUAAGAAAGUGUCUCACACAGUAGUCAUCUAAAAUAGACUAUUAAUUGCAAUUCUUUGCUCUAUGGUUGUAGGAAAAUGCACUUGAAGGAAGUUAUAAUAAUAUGUUCAGAACACUGCCCCCAGGAUCGUUACUCGGACUCGUAAACUUUGCGAACACAUCAUUUAUUUGACCGUCACUGGCUUCCUGUUAGCUAUCAUGUUGUUUUUAAACUUAUUUUGUCAGUUUUCAAAUCACUUAAUAACCUUCCACCUAGCUAUCUAGGGGACAGUUAUCGAAGGCCUUUCGGGAACUUGUGGUCCGCAUCUCAGCAGCUCUAAAACAACCUCGAAAACUCACGGGGAAAAUACUUUUUCAGUGUGCCCCCCUAAACUGUGGAGCUCACUACCAUUAGCUAGAUUUUCACAAGUCACUAUCUUUAGCCAGUUGAAAGAAAGGACUGAGAACAUAUCUUUUUACGCAAUUUUUAAGUCAAUACUUUUGUAAAACGUCUUUAAUAUCUGCAGAUCAUAUAUCUAUACUUAUAGAAUGUAUAUUUAGUUUUUUGCAUGACUUAUUAUCAUUAUAUAUAAACUUUAAAGGCAAAAUAAUUUUAAAACAGAUGAAUUCUUGUUUCCUUCUCUUGUUCUUUGUGAAUUGCAAAUAGAUUUUGAUAUAUGUUAUUUCAUGCUCGAGAUAUAAUUUUUUUUUCCUCUUUAACAUUGUUAAACACCAUGUGCUCAGGAUACGAGGGCUAUAGAAAGAAGGCAUUUUUACUAUUAUUAAUUUUAACCAGUACGAAAAUAAACUCAGUAUAGUCAUUCAUAAUCGGCACAAAAUGUGAAGAGAAAACGUGGCUUUCGAUAACAAAUUUAUCACCAAGAAGAACUUAAAAUUCACUUAAACCUAUCGUGAUUCAAAUUGUACACAAUUUCCCAUAAAAAACGGCAAUUUAUUCUAGUAGAUACUUACAGUCCAUGAAAAGACACAGCCGCCACCUUGAAAGGCUAUUUGGGACUGAGUACGCGUCUGAAAACAUCUUCCUUGGAUUUUCCAUUUAGUUGACUUGUUUUUUUCAUUGGUUUCAAUAAAAAUACAUUUUCUUUUUUUAUUUUCAUGUCCUUCAUGUGAUUUUCAUCAAAAUAACGGCGAAAAAAAGGAAUUGAUUUUUUAGCACAGGGAACCCACCAUGGUACAUCAUAAUUGCUAUAUCAUUAAGUCGACUUGUUUUAGUCAUUGGUUUUAAUAAUAAUAGUAUUAAUACAGUUUAUUUUUCCAUGUACUUCCCUUUUUAUGUGAUUUUCAUCAAAAAAAUGGCAAAAAACAAGUGAUUGCAAUUUUCAGCACAGGGCACCCAUUGUGGAAGGUUGUUGGAGAACUUCAGCGAGCAGUUGCUGCAAAACCUGAAGAGGUAGCUGUGGGCACCGAUCCUAAUAUUGACUAACAUACCCUAAGCUACAACCAUGCAAAGUUUGGUGCUUUUGUCCGCUCUGUAUAGAUCUCGCCAAAAUUUUGCACUAAGCCACCGGACUAGUGAGCACAUGGGUGCUUUAGCCAUGAGUGAAUCUGAAGCUGGAUCUGAUGUUGUGAACAUGAGAAUUAAGGCUGAGAAAAAAGGUACUGAUAUCUAG